AAAACUAAAAGGUACACGUGCUUUCUCCAUGAAACUAAAUGCAAAAUAAUGUUCAACAAGCAAUAACGUUAUAAAUCGUUAAACUGUCUCAAGUGUAAUAAGUAACUCUAUUCUGUGAUAAAAAUGAAGAUGAUUGUAGUUUAUAUUUUAGUAGUUUUAUUAAAAGUGGUGUCUGCUGACGAGAAAAAUACGACUUUUACCACACCUGAAUACAUCAUUCCCUGUUACAAGUCAGAUCCAGAAAUCAACAAAUGUCUAGAGCACACUUUUAAUCAUCUAAGGCCUUAUUUAUUAAAUGGAAUACAGGACAUCAACGUGCCCAGCAUAGACCCAUUAAAAAUAGACCGGCUUGUAAUGGAAAAUGGUCAAGGAGCUUUCCGGAUCCGCGCUUUGUUCCACAAUGUCACGGCUGCUGGUGGCAGCAACUACACAAUAAACAAAAUAAAAGCGGACAUUGUCAACUACAACAUUGAAUUGGGAUUCAAACUGCCUAGAGUUGAAAUUAAAGGAAAGUAUGAAGUAAGUGGGAACGUUCUUUUGUUCCCCGUGAGGUCGAAAGGAGACUUUUGGGCUAUUUUUGUCGACGUGGAUGCAGCUGCCAAAAUAUAUGGGAAAGAAUUCAAAGACAAAUCAAACACUCGUUACAUGAGGAUAGAAAAAUUGUUUAUCGAUUUUAAGCUACAAAAGAGUAGAUUUAGAGUGCGUGAUGUUAUAAAUCAUGGCAAUAUCAUAGGUGAAGCCAUGAAUCAGUUUUUAAACUCUAAUGCCAAUGAAAUCAUUGCUGAAAUGAAGCCUGCAGCUAAUGCAGCUAUAGCCAAGCACUUCAAAGCAUUUUUGAAUAGCGCAUUGCUCAAAUUACCCUUGAAAGUCUGGUUGCCUGACGCGUAGGCGUCUGUUGUAGUUUUAACAAACAGGAAUUUAUAAUAAUAAGUUUAUAUUCGAUCUAUUGGCAAUUUGUUUCUAAAUCGCCAUUUAGAAAUAACAAUUUUUUACUUUAAAAGUAUACGACUAUUGUAAAAAUGUUGGAUUGUACAAAGUUUGUAUUAAAUUUUAAAACAUU